CGCGCCAACGCCAAGUCAGAAGAGUCACCAGGCUGUCCGGACCAUAGACAGGGAAGCACAACCUGUCGUCCUAUGCUCCCAGUGGAUAUGUCCCGAGAGUCCCAAUAAUAAUGUCCAAGCCUCGCAUUUUAUACUGGUUCAGGACGGACUUGCGUCUGCAUGAUUCGCCAGCCUUGAAAGCAGCACUCGAUCUCCAACCCGAAGUGCUAUAUCCCAUCUGGUGUUGGGACAGCCACUAUGUUUAUCGAGCAAGAGUCGGUGUGAAUCGAUGGCAGUUCUUGAUUGAUUGCCAGAAUGAUGUUUCUAAGAGCAUUACGAAGCUCAAUAAGAAGAGUAAACUGUUCGUUCUUCGCGAACCGGCUGUGACACUACUCCCCAAACUCUUCAAGAAGUGGAAGAUCACGCAUCUCGUCUUCGAAAAAGACACAGAUGCUUACGCUCGUGAGCGUGAUGAGCAGGUCGUGCGCGUGGCUGGUGAAGCGGGAGUCGAAGUGAUUGUGAAGGUAGGAAGGACUCUGUAUGAUCCUGAUGCGCUCGUCAAGGCCAAUGGUGGCAAACCAACAAUGAGCAUGACCCAAUUGCAGCAUGCUGGGGCCAAAAUUGGUGAUAUAGAGCAGCCAGUCGAAACGCCCACCAGCUUGCCCGAUCCAGGGGACAUGACACUGGACAUCGAGCAGGAGGAGCCAGAAGCCGUGCCGGACAUCAACGCGAAGCAUCGAGAGAAAGACGCGGUCACUUUCAGUUCCGGUAUAGCUGGACCGAAAGGGGACUUCUCACCUCCUACAUUGGAGGAACUAGGAAUGGCUCCAGCGACCUCGCCACACAAGGGCGGCGAAACUGUUAUUCUCGAAGCUCUUGAGAAAAUUCUGCAAGACGAGGAGUACACUUCCACGUUCGAAAAGCCGAAGACAAGCCCGGCGGCAUUUGAGCCACAAUCCACGUUCUUGACAUCACCGUAUCUACACUUCGGAGCUUUGAGCUGUCGGUACUUUUACCACAGAGUUGCUGAGAUUGUGGAGAAACGCAAGAAGGAGAAGAAGCCCACAUCUGCACCACCGGAGAGCCUCACUGGCCAACUGCUCUUCCGCGAUAUGUACUUCGCAGCUCAAGCACACGGCGGUUGGCAGUAUGGGCAGACGCUCGGGAAUGCUCACUGUCGCUUCAUACCCUGGCACUUACCUUCCAAGGUCGACAUGGACACCAAGCGGAUAACGGCAGAGCAUGAAAUAGACGAUGAAGAGAAAGAGGAAUGGUUCCAGCGAUGGUCCCAAGGGACUACGGGAUUUCCAUGGAUUGAUGCACAUAUGCGAGCACUUAGAUCAACUGGUUGGAUACACCAUCUUGCAAGGCAUUCUGUAGCAUGCUUCCUCACGAGAGGCGGCUGCUACAUUAGUUGGGAGCGUGGGGCUGAGGUCUUCGAGGAACUGCUGAUUGAUCACGAAGCAGCCUGCAACAUUGGCAAUUGGCAGUGGUUGUCAUGUACCGCAUUCUUCUCACAAUUUUUCCGCUGCUACUCACCUAUCGCCUUCGGAAAGAAAUGGGAUGCCAAUGGACUUUACAUCCGAAGGUGGAUCCCUGAGCUGAAAGACUUGCCUAACAAGUACAUAUACGAGCCUCACAAAGCCCCAGUCCAAGAUCAAAAGAAAGCCGGUGUUCGAGUGGAUGGUGAUGGCUCCAAGGCUGAACAGGACGGUCUCAAGCUGUACCCCAAACCCAUGUUUGACUUCAACGAGCGGCGGGACAUCUGCAUCAGUGCCAUGAAGCAGGCUUAUCACGUGGGUCUUUACGGCGACGAUCCCAAGGUCCUCGAUGGAAGUUGGAAAGAGUUAUUUGAUGACAAUGCCGAGGGGCCAACAGCUGGAGCCAAAGGUGGUCCCGCUGGACUGGAGGCACCCAUCCGCUCCAGUGAUGACAAUCAGGGCCACGCUGCGGACUCGUCUGGCACGUCGCGAGCUAGUCCGCGAGGCCAUAAAAGAGAGCACAGCCAGACGAAGCUAGAUUUUGGCAAAAAGAGCAAGAAAUGAGGGAAUGCAAGCCACCGCGCAUUGUUGCCAUACUACAGGUACCGUGCAAGUUGAAUAAAUAGAGCGGGCUAAUUCAAGAACCGGUACGUCUGCAUCGGCCGUUCAGAAAUUGGUGUGAAUUGGAGUGCAGUGCAGCGCAGUGAAUUGAUGUACAGUGAAGCGAAGUGUAAUAAAGUGAAAUGAGUAAACCUGA